AUAACUCUCAAGGUCUGGAUUUCAAAUGAGAAAUCCUUUGUUUUCAAUCUUAUGUUUCUGUCGAGCAUCUGAAAGCAAAUUAAAGAAGAUCAAACACCGAACGACCAAGGGAAAUGGUAAAUCAUCACUUCCACAACACCUAUACCGUCGAUUUUCACUCGACGAGAUCAGAGCGGCUACCGAUAACUUCGAUUGCAACUUGGUUCUUGGUAAAGGUGGCAGUGGCGUUGUAUACAAAGGCUUUUUCGACGACGGGGCCUCGGUUCUCGCGGUGAAACGCUUGAUGGGAUCGUCGAUACUUGAAGACUUUCGAAAUGAAGUGCAGCUACUUUGCCAGCAGCCACACCAACAUCUUGUUUCUCUCAUCGGAUUCUGCGAUGCCGGAGACGAGAAGAUUGUAGUGGUGGAUUACAUGACCCAAGGAUCGUUGUUCGAUCAUCUCCACGGAAUUCGCCAAGAUCCCCUCACUUGGAAACAGAGGUUAGAGAUCUGCAUUGGGGCAGCUCGUGGAUUGCAUUAUCUUCAUGCAGGAGCAAAGAGAGCAGUGAUCCACCGUGACAUAAAGUCCAGCAAUAUUCUGUUAGACGACCGAAUUGUUUCCAAGAUUGCUGAUUUCGCGUUGUCUAAGAUAGGCCCAUUUAGUUUAUCGAAGGCCCCGAUCAGAAUAGAGUUACCUCCUCUCGAAGACAUAGAUGUGGAAACAAGCCGAAAGAGGAUAUUUGGUACUCUGGGUUAUUUGGCUCCUGAGUUCUUGCAUGAAGCUACGCCUACACUCGUGACAGACAAAUCAGACGUUUUCUCCCUUGGGGUUGUUUUGUUGGAAGCAAUUUCUGGUAGAAAAGUAAUAAAGUUUGACGUGAUGGACGCUGCUACUCGAUAUUUCCUUGGGUUAAAGAACACUGAAGAAUGGAAGUGUUUAUCAGAUCAUCGACCCAUUUUUGAAAGGGAAAAUAGCUCCGAGUUGCUUAGAAAAAUUCCUGGAGAUUGCUUUCAGUUGCAUCCAUGUUCGGGAGCAUAAACGGCCUGCUCUGGGUGAAGUUGAGGCGACAUUAGAGCUUGCUUUGGAGCUCCAAAACAGAGCAGACUCCGAAAUGGAGUGGCUCAAUCCCCAUGGAGAAGUUGUGCAUCAAGUAGAUGUCUCGGCAUCUGCCUUCAAUUACGUGGCCGAUGUAUUCUGACCCCACGGAAGUUCUGGUCUUCAUAGCUUGAACGUUGAGGAAGCAUUCAGCUGGAAAACUGAGGAUAUGGUGUCGUAAAAUUGAAGAUAUUGAAUCUGGAUGUUUGGACGAGUCAAAUUAGGUGUCGUUAAGCAAAUUGAAUUAUUUCAAUCCCUUUCUUCGGGGUAUUCAUUUGGAUAGAAGUACAGACGAAGGAACUAGGGGAAUUCAUAUGUGAACUCGCCACGAAAUAUACGAGCUGUCAUGUAAGGAACUUCAGUGACAGGAUUCUUGAUACGAAGCAAGGGAUGUAAAAGAAGAGGCAUUAGAACGAUCUUCAUCAGCGUCGGCAACCCAGUUUCUGCUAUCCUAAUAGAAUGUAGUGUUGGACGAAGCACCACAGUACAAAAGUAUGUAAUCGGUAGGAGUAUAAGGAGCUGAACUUGUGGAAGCUGAAGAGAAAAGGGCGAGGAAGACGAUGGUAAUUAAGAAUAGCAUUGUUAUUUUAGUGUCAUGUCUAGAAGCCCUGCAACUUCGAAAAGUUAUAUAGCAGAGUAUGACUUGAAGGUCAAUUGAGUAUCAAACCAGCUAAGUUGUGAACGACUGGAAACAGUGACUCC